CUACCACAUUUCUAACAUGUCUUUUUCAGUCUGAUGAGGUUCCUCUACGUUCUAUCCAUGCUUUCAAUGAAACGAUAAAAAAUAACAGCAUAACAGCGGGAUCACCUGGAUGUAACGGGUUGAACAAAUGGCUUUCGUUUACGACUGGGUCAUCGCAUGAGAACUUCAGCUCAGACGAAAAUGUCAAGGGAGAUCAAUCUACAAGUGUUACAGACCCCAAGACAUUCAUUGUACAAGCCUUCUUGCGGGAUCUUGAAGUACCAAGAGCUGAACUUAAGAUUGAGGUUACCAUAUUGGUAGUAUUAAUGAUCGCUGGUGUCCCGAGCAAUGCAUUCAUUAUCAUUGUUCUGAUAACAUCAAAAAACUUGCGCAAAUCAAAUGAUUUGAUGAUUUUUAGCCAAGCUUUAUCCGAUCUAAUUAUUACCAUGGUUACUCAUCCAAUGUCCAUUUACACUACUAUUGUUGGAAACGGCAACUCUGGAGCAGUCGAAGGUCUUGCAUGCGAUGUUGUCAGCCAUUGUUUUAUAAUAGGCAUGGGUGCAACUUGGUAUAGUUCUUCUCUUGUGGCUCUAAAUUAUUUCUAUUCAACUCGGCCUCAUUCAAAAAUGCGAAAAAUAUUAAAAAGCAGACUGUGUGUUAUAUUUUUGUUGGUUCUUGCCUGGGUCAUCCCUACUGUGAUCACGGUUAUACCUCAUAUAACAGGAUACGCACUACCAGGUCAUGUUCCCGUGUGGGGUGUCUGUAAAACAUUUAUGCGUGCCCCUCAAGAAGAAAAUAUUACAAUCGGUGUCACCAUUGUGACGGUAUUUUUAAGCGUUAUCAAUCUGAUUGUAUGCUCAUUUUUCUACGCCAAAGUGUUGGUAUUCAUGUACAAGCGAACUUUUAUGUUUCCUAACAGUGCAGUACAGCGUCAGUUUGAAAUAACAUGUAAGCUAAUUAUGCCCACGUUUGUCUUAAUGGCAAUUUGUUUAUUACCCUUAACCAUUAUAGGAUUUGUUGACCCGCUAAUGACAAAGUUGGCCUCCAUGCAUACUUUGUUAAACCGUCUGAUUUUCUAUAUCUGCGUGGCAAAUAGUUCAAUCAACCCUUUUAUUUCUUUUUUCAAACAUAAACCUAUUAGACAGGCUGCCUUCAAUCUUUGUUUCAAUACUGCAUCUGCUGCUUAGACGUUUGCCGUCAAAGGUAUUUUGACCCACUUAGAGAAGACCAGAAAGUAAGUCAACAAAUGUUCUUCGAUUUCAAAGUUUGGUGUAUCAAAAUGAUGUAGAAUUUUCUCAAAAUUUUGAAUCUUGAAUCACAUAUUUCAUCUGACUUCACAAACUAAGCACAGGCUUGAUUCAUACAAGAUUAGUGACCGAUCCGACCGACCAACCGGUCAGAUGUCGUGUACUCGCUGGACAGUUUACCUAAGUAGUCAAGUAACACUAUUAAGACAAACUUUCAGACUAAAAUUACGUUGAACUUUCCAGGAAUUGCUUCGCCGAUCCACAGAUCCAUCUACAGGGGCCGAAUACAUGUGAACUAAAAUUAUUCUCUAGUCGAAUUAAAUCGUCGUGAUUCAAUUACACACUAAUAUUUAGGGACACGCCGGUCCACAGCUACGGCGCCAUCUACAAGGUGCCAAUGACAAUUGACUGCUUGAUAAAUCGUGAUAGGCCUAGUUCAAAUUAAUGUAACUCGAACUAGGUCCUAGGCCUAUAUGAAAAUGUAAUUUCGGGACACGCUGAUCCACAGCUACGGCGCCAUCUACAAGGGGUCAAUGACAAUUGACUGCUGGAUAAAUCGUGAUAGGCCAAGUUCAAAUUAAUGUAACUCGAACUAGGUCCUAGGCCUGAUGUAAAUGUAAUUUCGGGACACACCGAUCUACAGCCACAGUCAUAUCUACAGAGGCCUAAAUGAACUGCAAUGACUGGUGGAUAACAUGAUUAUUCAAAACUGAAAAAUAUCAAGAUACCUGAAUGAUAAACUUAGGCUAGUCUCCAGUAAAUUCAUGUAGUUAUGGCCACUCAAUUCCAGAUAACGCAGAGGUCAGAAGAAAUCUCCAACGGCUUUACUAUUCCCCCACCUCCCAAUGCUGACCCAGUCCCUGAUCCAUGACCAACAUACGAGUGUAUUAAGGAAGUAUUCACGACCCACUUCGUAGCUAGACGCAGCGUCUCUCUUAUAUGCAUAUUAUGAGCGUGCAGAAUUCAAUAAACGCAAACAGGAUGAAGUCGAGACGGAUGAUGAGUUCCUGACAGCUUUACAACAAUAUUGUCAAUGUGCUCCAUUACAAGACAAACUAAUUCGUGACAGAAUUGUUGUAGGUAUUCGUGACAAACGUAGAGCCCAUGAAUGUAGUAAGUUACAAUCAGAUGUCGAACUCACCCUUGACAAACCAAAAACAUCAGCGAGACUUAAUGAAUAAAUUAAAAAUAUCAAUUACAUUUGGAAUCUGAAGAACCAAUUAGUGCUCCGACCGUAACAGGUGCUGGAGUGUCAAGAUUUGUGAAACACCAUCGUCACACAAAAUAUCACGAUCAUGAAAAUCGUAAGAGAUCAAAUAGAUAUAACCCUAAGUGCUUUCGAUGUGUCAAUGAAGCACAUCCUAAGCAGAAGUUCCAAGAAGCAUCUAGGAUCUAGCUGCUGCCGGAUUUGUGCAGCUAUCGGCCAUUGGGCCAAAUUUGGAAAAUCCCGAUCUUCACUAAGAAUUAAUUCAGAGCAACCUGGGAGGCCUACUGAAAAGGUCCAAUAUAGGUCUAUGAUACAGAAUCCGACGCUGCCGAAUUACCUUAUAUCAGUCAAUCAUCUUUCUCUGAUUUUGAAACUGAAGAAUCCGCUAAUGUCAAUUAGGUCAUUGGUCGAGUGAGUGAUUCUGAAUCAUGUGAAACUUCUGAUAAUGAGAAUUUCUAAAUAAAUCUGGAAGUAAACCAAACAAAGGUCAUUUUUAUAAUUGAUACUGGUGCAGAUGUGACAGUAAUGCCUAGGAGAACAUUUGAGAAUAUUGAUCAAGAACGCAUUAAAUUUCGCAAAUCUGAAAAAGGCUAAUUAGUUGUGCAAGAAUGACUCAUUGCUCGUUGGAGCGUAGUUUUGUACUAAAGAACAAUUCAGAUAUCAUGUAGAGCAGUUCAACAAGUUAAACCUAGUCUGGGCCUUAUUUCUUAGCUGACAUAUCUUGUGGCCCGCAACAAGAACAUUCAGAUUAAUAAAUAAAAGCCGUGGUAUUGGGUUUAACUUGUUGAACUGCAUGUAGAGAAAAAAGUUAUCAACAUUAUCAUGAUUAUGUAGAUGCUAAAGCCAAGGAGGGGAGAACAUAUUUGUUUGACACCCUGUAUAUACUGCAUUGCCUGUUCAUUUUAUAGUAGUCAUAGUCACAUAUAGUCAUAGUCUCAUAUCAUAACAGACCAUAUUUUAUUCAAUUUCUCGGGCCUAGGUCAUUGUAGAACAUGAACACAACAUGCAUGUGAAAGGUGAAUGGCAAAUCUACCUUGAUCACGAUUGGCACUCUGCUACUAGAGUUUAUGGUAAUGGAAUGUGUCAGUAAAUUCUGUGAAUAAAAAGCGAUGGUCAGUUCUGAUUUCGAAUAGCACCAACCAUACAAUACCACCAGUCAUGAAAAAAACAAUCAUUAAUUUUUUAAUGAAAUAAAUGAUGUGUGACAAUUGUGUUUUAUGAGCACAUAGACCAUAAAGUACCAUGUUCUGUCAAUGAUUUGUCAUGAACAUUAACACGAAAUACAGGUAACAUUGUAAUAUCAUUCUAUUUUAUGAUCAACUUUGACCAUAUAUACUUCCAAUUUUAUCAAAUACAUACAAUUU